GCGGGCGCAGCGGCAGCAGCAACGCGCCGCGGGCGGGCGGCGGCCGCACCAUGGAGUGAGCGGCGGGGGCGGCCCGGAGGGGGAGCGGCGAGGCGAGGCCGGCGGAGAUCGCAGCUCUCGCCCGAGCAGCAGACAAGGCGGAGGAGAGGGAGCCGCAGUGCGAGUUCGACUCCGCGGCGGCCGCUUCUCUCUUUCCUCCCCGCCUCCCUCCGCCCUCGGAGCGGGCGCUCGGCCGGUGCGAUGGCCCGGCCGGCGGCGGGGAGCGGGCAGUGAGCCGGAUCCCGCUGAGGGACGCCCCGAGCAGGGGGAGAGGCGGGGGCACGGCGGGAAGCGCUCCACUCCUCCCUCCCUCCCACCUCUCCCCUCCUUCUCCCCGCGCCCGGGCGGAGCAGCGGCCGCUUCCCCGCGCCCUUCAUGCCCGGGCGGCCGCGAGGCGGCCAACGGCGGCGCGCUGCCCUCUGCUCCCGCCUCGCUGCCCAGGCCCGGCCCGCUGCGGCCCCCGCCCUUCCCCCGGAUUCUCUGCCGCGCUAGGCCCCGAGCCGGCCCGCCGGGCAGCCCCGCUCAGUCCCCUCCUCCCCGGCAGCGGGGGACGGUCUCCCGCCGCCGCUAGGCGGGCCGGAGGAUGAGCCAGCAGCCGCCGGUGAAGAUGUCGGCGGCUCCCCUCACGGCGGAGGCGCUGGAGUCGGCGGCGGGGAUGCUCGAGGGCCGCCAGAGGAAGCUGGAGUCCAUGAUCCGCGACCCGCGCUCCCCCGUCAACGUGGAGAGCCUGCUGGAUGGCUUGAAUUCUUUGGUCCUUGAUCUGGAUUAUCCAGCACUGAGGAAGAACAAGAACAUUGAUAACUUCUUAAAUAGAUAUGAGAAGAUUGUGGAAAAAAUCCGAGCUUUACAGAUGAAAGCUGAAGACUAUGAUGUUGUUAAAGUGAUUGGAAGAGGAGCUUUUGGAGAAGUGCAGCUGGUUCGCCAUAAAAUGACACAGAAGGUUUAUGCAAUGAAGCUACUUAGUAAAUUUGAAAUGAUCAAGAGAUCAGAUUCAGCCUUUUUCUGGGAAGAAAGAGAUAUCAUGGCCUUUGCCAACAGUCCGUGGGUGGUUCAGCUAUUUUGUGCCUUUCAAGAUGACAAAUACUUGUACAUGGUAAUGGAGUACAUGCCAGGUGGAGAUCUUGUAAACCUUAUGAGCAAUUAUGAUGUGCCUGAGAAAUGGGCCAAGUUCUAUACAGCUGAAGUUGUUCUUGCUCUUGAUGCAAUUCACUCCAUGGGCUUGAUACACAGAGAUGUGAAGCCUGACAAUAUGCUUUUAGAUAAAUAUGGGCAUCUGAAGCUGGCAGAUUUUGGCACUUGCAUGAAAAUGGAUGAAACAGGUAUGGUGCGCUGCGAUACGGCUGUGGGAACCCCUGACUACAUAUCGCCCGAAGUUUUGAAAUCGCAAGGGGGUGAUGGUUAUUACGGACGGGAAUGUGACUGGUGGUCCGUAGGAGUUUUCCUUUUUGAGAUGCUAGUUGGCGAUACUCCUUUUUAUGCAGACUCAUUAGUAGGAACAUAUAGUAAAAUUAUGGAUCAUAAGAACUCAUUACAUUUCCCAGAUGAUGUGGAAAUCUCUAAGCAUGCAAAGAACCUCAUCUGUGCCUUUUUAACUGACAGGGAUGUGCGACUGGGGAGAAAUGGGGUAGAAGAAAUAAAGCAUCACCCUUUCUUCAAGAGUGAUCAGUGGAACUGGGACAACAUUCGAGAGACUGCUGCUCCUGUUGUUCCUGAGCUUAGCAGUGAUAUAGACAGCAGUAAUUUUGAUGACAUUGAGGACGACAAGGGAGACGUGGAAACCUUUCCAAUCCCCAAAGCCUUCGUGGGAAACCAACUGCCUUUUAUAGGAUUUACUUACUAUAGAGACAAUUUGUUGCUAAGUGACUCCUCUCAGUCUUGCAGAGAAAAUGAAUCCGUGCAAUCUAGUAAAAAUGAGUUUCAGAAAAAACUAAGCAAGCUAGAAGAACAGCUCAGUAAUGAAUUACAAGCCAAAGAUGAACUAGAACAGAAGUACAGGUCUACUAACACUCGUUUAGAGAAGAUAGUGAAAGAGCUAGAUGAAGAGAUAACUUCAAGGAAGAAUGUAGAGUCUGCAGUCAGACAGUUAGAAAGAGAGAAGGCUCUUCUUCAGCAUAAGAAUACAGAAUACCAGAGAAAAGCAGAACAUGAAGCAGAUAAGAAACGCAAUUUGGAAAAUGAGGUUAACAGUUUGAAAGACCAGCUUGAAGAUUUAAAAAAGAGGAAUCAGAACUCUCAAAUAUCCAAUGAGAAAAUCAAUCAACUACAAAGACAGUUGGAUGAAGCUAAUUCUUUGCUGCGAUCAGAGUCUGAUACUGCAGCCAGGUUAAGGAAGAAUCACACAGAAAGCACAAAGCAAAUCCAGCAGCUGGAAGCUAAUAAUCGAGAACUACAAGAUAAGAACUGCCUGCUAGAGAAUGCUAAACUCAAACUGGAGAAGGACUUUCUCAAUCUUCAGUCAGCUCUAGAAUCAGAAAGGAGAGAUCGAAGUCAUGGAUCAGAGAUUAUCAGUGACUUACAAGGUCGAAUAUCUAGCUUGGAAGAAGAAGUGAAAAAUGGAAAGAGUGCAUUAGCCAAACUGGAAAUGGAGAAGAGACAAUUGCAGGAAAAACUCACAGAUUUAGAAAAGGAAAAGAGCAACAUGGAAAUAGAUAUGACAUAUAAAUUCAAAGUUAUGCAGCAGAACCUUGAACAAGAAGAAGCUGAACAUAAAGCCACAAAAGCACGAUUAGCAGACAAAAAUAAGAUCUAUGAAUCUAUAGAGGAAGCAAAAUCUGAAGCCAUGAAAGAAAUGGAGAAGAAACUUUUGGAAGAGAGAGCUUUAAAGCAAAAAGUAGAAAAUCGGUUGUUAGAAGCUGAAAAGCAGCGCUCCAUGUUGGACUGUGAUCUCAAACAAUCACAACAGAAAAUCAACGAGCUCCUUAGGCAAAAGGAUAUACUAAAUGAAGAUGUAAAAAACCUGACAUUGAAAAUAGAGCAAGAAACACAAAAGCGCUGUCUCACUCAAAAUGACCUCAAGAUGCAAACACAGCAGGUUAACACCUUGAAAAUGUCAGAGAAGCAGUUAAAACAGGAGAAUAACCAUCUUCAGGAAAUCAAAUUAAGUCUGGAAAAACAAAAUAACGAACUCCGCAAGGAACGUCAGGAUGCAGAUGGACAAAUGAAAGAGCUUCAAGACCAACUUGAAGCUGAACAGUAUUUCUCGACUCUGUACAAGACACAAGUUCGAGAACUUAAAGAAGAUUGUGAGGAAAAGACCAAACUUUGUAAAGAAAUGCAGCAAAAGAUACAAGAGUUACAGGAUGAGAGAGAUUCCUUGGCUGCUCAGCUAGAGAUUACUUUGACAAAAGCGGAUUCAGAACAACUUGCACGUUCCAUUGCUGAAGAGCAGUACUCUGAUUUGGAAAAAGAGAAGAUUAUGAAAGAGCUGGAGAUUAAAGAGAUGAUGGCUAGGCAUAAACAGGAACUUACCGAGAAAGAUGCCACCAUAGCCUCUUUGGAAGAAGCAAAUAGGACACUAACUAGUGAUGUGGCUAAUCUUGCUAAUGAGAAAGAAGAACUAAACAAUAAACUGAAGGAAGUACAAGAACAAAUUACAAAGCUAAAAGAAGAAGAAGCAAAUGUAGGAAAUAUUAAAGCACAAUUUGAGAAACAGUUGUUGAAUGAAAGAACACUGAAAACCCAGGCUGUAAAUAAAUUGGCUGAGAUCAUGAAUCGGAAGGGUCCGGUCAAACGUGGAGCUGACACUGAUGUACGGCGGAAGGAGAAGGAAAAUAGGAAACUGCAUAUGGAACUGAAGUCUGAACGAGAAAAGUUAACCCAAAUGAUGAUCAAAUAUCAGAAGGAAAUCAAUGAAAUGCAAGCACAAAUAGCAGAGGAGAGUCAGAUACGGAUUGAACUCCAGAUGACUCUGGACAGCAAAGACAGUGACAUUGAACAGCUUCGUUCACAGCUGCAGUCAUUGCACAUUGGUCUGGACAACAGUAGCAUAGGCAGUGGACCUGGAGAUGCUGAGGCAGAUGAUGGAUUCCCUGUCCAUAUCACUCAAUCCCACACUAUGGAAUCCAUGUCUUUUACCUACCAGCACUCUUCUACCUCUGUCAGUAUUGCCACUAAGCCUUCCAGUUCUCGCAUGCUUCUCGAUUCUGAUUCUGACUCAGAGGAAGAACCUUUGUCUUGUUCCCACAGCCCUACAGAAGUUGAUAGCACAGAAUCAAGAUUGGAAGGCUGGCUAUCACUGCCUGUUAGAAAUAACACUAAAAAAUUUGGAUGGGUUAAAAAGUAUGUAAUUGUAAGCAGUAAGAAGAUCCUGUUCUAUGACAGUGAACAAGAUAAAGAACAAUCUAAUCCCUAUAUGGUAUUAGAUAUAGACAAACUCUUCCAUGUCCGACCAGUCACUCAGACUGAUGUGUACAGAGCAGAUUCCAAGGAAAUUCCUAGGAUAUUCCAGAUUUUAUAUGCUAAUGAAGGAGAAAGCAAAAAGGAACAGGAAUUUCCUGUGGAGCCCAUGGGAGAGAAGUCAAAUUACAUUUGUCACAAAGGACAUGAGUUUAUACCUACUCUUUAUCACUUCCCAACCAAUUGUGAAGCUUGUAUGAAGCCACUGUGGCAUAUGUUUAAACCUCCUCCUGCUCUAGAAUGUCGCCGUUGCCAUAUCAAAUGUCACAAAGAUCACAUGGAUAAAAAAGAAGAGAUUAUAGCACCUUGCAAAGUGUACUACGAUAUUUCAACGGCAAAGAAUCUACUACUGUUAGCUAAUUCUACAGAAGAACAGCAAAAAUGGGUGAGCCGACUGGUGAAAAAAAUACCUAAGAAGCCUCCAGCACCAGACCCCUUCGCUCGAUCUUCUCCCAGAACUUCCAUGAAGGUACAGCCAAACCAGUCCAUCAGACGACCAAGUCGACAGCUUCCUCCAAACAAACCAAGAUUACUUGAUCUGGCAUUUAAGGACUGGGAUUGGUCAUUUGAUGAUGUUGAUGAUAUUGAUGGUGAUGAUGAUGAUGACGAUGUUUUUGAUUUCUGAAGAAGUAUAAGGGCUAACUGCUUUCCGUGAAUGCAGACGCAAUUCAAGGUGAUCAUUUUCUUCCCGUUACAGCAAGACUGAAACAUAUCCCAAAAUAUAUUAAAAAAAUCUAUAUUUUCCUGACAGAUUGUGCUAUAUAUAUCAGAGGUUUACAUUUUUGUUGCAAUAUAAAUUACUAAUCUCUGAGGGUAUUUCCUGUAUUCUCCUGAGUGACUGAUCAAAUGAGGAAUGGUUGGUAAAUAAUAAAAGGAUAUGUUAGGUAACCUUUUAAACUCUGUUCCACAAAAGCUUUCUUGGCAAGACACAUACACUACAUUUCAUAAAAGGAUCGAGAGGAAUGACUAUUAAAACGGAAGAAACUGACUUUCCAGCUUUUGUAAAGAUGCCACCAGCAUGUCUGCGAGAAAAACAGGAGGAAGAACAACCAUAGUGAUAUAGACUGCAUCUGUAAGAAGUGACCAUUAUACUGUGUAUAUAUAUUGUACUGUAAUACUGCAAGAGGGUUUUAAAAAUCUUUCCACUUUAUUUUUUUAUGCUUAUUAAUCAGAUACCGUUACUUAUUGCAGUUGCAACUAUGCACUUGUAUAAAGCCAUAAUGUUGAAGUUUAUAUCAUUCAUACAUGUCUAUCAAAAGCUGCAUGUCAGUGUUCAGCAGCUAGUAUAAGUUUGAAAUAUAUACUAGUUUCAGCUAUGUCAUCAUGGGCAGUCCUGUUUUACUUGUCUAAUUGCCUUAAUUUAAUUUUUUUUUCAAGUUUUUUGCCCAUUCUCUCUAUUUAAGGAAAAAAGAAGGUUUACCAGCUCUUAGGAUGCAAUUUUGCUUUGUGGCAGAAAAAAGAGUGCACUAUUUUUACACCUAGUAAGUAUAUCAAUGUCAGCCUAUUUUGAAUGUAUAUCGACUGGUUUUAAGGGUGGAGAAGUGUUGGUUACAGAAACAAUGUCUGAUACCAUUGGAAUUACCAUUUGCUUGUACGUGUAACUGCUCGUCCAGCCCUUUUUGCAAACCUCAAUAUUAGUUAUUGACUUAUAUUAACCCUCAUUAAGUGCUCUGAAACUUCAUUUUGCCUUGUUUUUGCAUACUCUCGUAGAUGUGUUUUUUAUUUCUGGGAAAAAAAAAAGAAUCUGUGACUAUUUUUACAUUUCACAACACAAUAUCUGAGGACUGUCACAAAAUUUAAGAAAACUAAAACAUACUGUAGAUGUAUUUUAAAAUUUUAAAUCCGGUUCUCUAGCACAUAGCUGUAGGCAUAGAUAAAUAUUUCAGUAGUGUGUUUUGAGAACUGAUAGCUGGGAAGAAAGGGCCUCAGAGGCACUUAAUCUGACUUUUUUUUAACUUGGAGUUGUACAAAAAAUAUAAUUUAUGUGGGCUCAUUCAUGAUGUGUUCAUAAUUAUCCCAGAAAAUGCAUGUUUUAUACAACUACAGUAUGCGAUGUUAAACAUAUUGACAGUAAAAAAAUGUAGUCUCCUAUUUGGUCUCUUUAUAUAUAUAAAUAUAUAUAUAUUUAAAAUAUAUAUAUAUAAAAUAUUGUGUGGGAGUGCAGUAAUUUAAAAUAUGAUCUAACACUUCAAUGAAGGAGGACAUUUCACUUUAAAAUUUUGUUUGUUUGUUUUUGUUUUUUAAAGAGUGUUGAAAUGUUUGGAAGGAUAGGACCGUGAUUUAUUUAACACUAUCAUGAAAGGUGGACUUGGAAACACUGAAAUACUGAAAAAGAAUAAAUAUAUUUACAUUUUGUACAUUACAGUUCAGCUUGACAGAGCCAGAAUGUAUUCAGUCUUCUAUUUACGCACUCGCAAAGUAAAAUGGUGUUUGUGAGUUCUUAAAUUCAAACCUAAAACUUUCAUCUAAUUUCUGUUAGGUAUUAUAACCUGGCACACAGCAACAGUGUUUUUUCCCUGCUUGUUUUGAUUUACAGAAGUACGGUAUAUUUUUAGGUAAUGCAGAUUUGCAUAGAGUACAACAUUAAAAAUGUAUACAGUAAAACUGUUUCCAUUCACUGAAUGCAUAAAUAUUUUAUAUAUAUAUAUAAAAAAUGUUACAUUGUGGGAAGUUCUAUCCUUUUCUGAAUUGGAGAAUAUUAUAUAUAUAUUUUUAAAUAAACUAUUUGAGUAAGGUAAAAUA